AGUUGAUUGCAGUCUCUUCUCCUUUAAGCAACUAUCCAUACCUAAUACUUACAUUUAAAAAAAAACUAAGAUUUUUCAUAAAUGAUUAGUGAUCAAGAGGUAAAAAAUGAUAUCCAUAAUAUCCAUAUUAGAUAUAGAGAAUAUCAAGAAGAUGCCAAAGUUCCUUUUUGGAGAAAACGGCGGUAUCAUGUAGUAGUUAUGGUUUUCUUUGGAUUGUUCAAUCUCCUGAAUCUUCGGAUAAAUCUUAGUGUUGGAAUUGUUGCCAUGACACAGAAAAUGAAUGUGACCUUAGAGAAUGGAACGAUCAUUGAGGAGCAAGAAUUUGAUUGGGAUUCCAAAGAACAAGGAUUCAUCCUGAGUUCUUUCUUCUACGGAUACAUCACAACCCAAAUACUUGGCGGAUAUCUUGCAUCUCGCUUUGGAGGACAUUUGGUAUUUGGAAUGGGAAUCGGUCUUACAGCAGCUCUAGCUUUAUUAAUACCAAUAGCAGCUAAGACUCACAUUGCCCUGUUUUAUGCUACAAGAAUUCUUCAAGGAAUUGUUGGAGGAACGGCAUAUCCAUCAGUAUUAGUUAUUUGGGCACAAUGGGCACCAGUCUAUGAACGGUCCUUCAUGGGAAACGUCGCCUAUACAGGAAAUUUUGUUGGUAUCAUUGCUGCAAUGCUUGUAUCCGGCCUUAUUAGUGUGGCUUGGGGAUGGGAGAAUAUCUUUUACUUUUUCGGUACAUUUGGAUGUAUCUGGUAUAUUGUUUGGCUCCUUGUUAUGAGAGAAAGUCCAGAAGCGGAUCCUUUCAUCGCGGAAGCAGAGAAGAAAUACAUCUUAUCAAGUAUUGGUGAUCGUUCCAAGGGUAAGGAUAUCACACACCCAUGGAAGGACAUCUUCACAUCACCAGCUGUCUGGGCUGUCGUUGUGGCAAACUUUACGGCAAUGUGGGGAUCCUACACUUUAUUAACUCAACUACCAAUGUUUUUAAAUGACACCCUCAACUAUAACCUGGAUACUACUGGAAUCAUGGCCGCUAUCCCCUAUGUCGUAAUGGUAUGUCUACUUUUUGUAUCCGGUUAUUUGGCCGAUUGGGUCCAAGUCAAGGGAUACUUAAGAACUGGUCAAGUUCGCCGAUAUUUUAAUUGUGGUGCCUUUAUUGGUCAGAUGAUCUUCUUACUCUUGACCACUUUUACAACCAAUCCCGCAUUGAGUAUUAUCUUCAUAAGUUUUGGAGUAGGUGCUGGUGCUUUUGCCUGGUCAGGGUAUAUUGUCAAUGGCCUCGAUCUGGCGCCCAGUCAUGCGUCCAUCAUAAUUGGUCUAUCAAAUACUUUCGGAACUCUUUCCGGAAUUAUCAGUCCAAUUAUUACGGGAUACAUUGUGAAUGAUAAGAGCCGUGAGCAGUGGCAAAUUGUCUUUUAUAUAGCGGCCAGUGUUUACUUAGCUGGAUCAAUAUUUUGUUGGUUUUUUGUUAGGGGAAAUCUUCAACCCUGGGCCAAAAUUGACCUUGAAGAAUUAACAACUAGAAAUGUAUCAAGAAUGAAUGAAAAAACACUUACUCCGCCAACACAAUAAAUUUUGAAGUUAAGGUGAAAAAGUUU